GCCAGCAUUCUGGUGACGUCAGACGCCGCGACGCGAGCCGAGGGCGGCCGGGUCGCUGCUCUGCUGCAAAGCGUUAGGCCGGGCGUUGGGGCUUGGCGACGGGGCUGGGGGCGGCAACGCGCCGCUCACACUCAUGAGGAGCCGGAAGCUGGCAGGUGGAGUGCGGUCGUCGGCGCGCCUCCGAGCCCGGAGCUGCUUGGCCACAUCGGCCUCGGCCCAGGAAGCCCGCGUCGCCACGUCUGCCCGGACGGCAUGUCAGCCUUCCUCAUCACACAAAGCCACCGACAGGCGAACGUCCAAGAAGUUCAAGUACGACAAAGGUCAUCCUGUGAAGUCAGAAUUCCAGAAAGCCACCCCCCAGAGUGACAGCACCGCUGCGCCCACAGCGCCCCCCGAGACCCCGGGUCAACGCGAGCCUCUGGCAUCGGCCGAGGACAGGGCCAGGCUUCCGGGAAAGGAAGCCAGCGGCUCCGCUCCUCAGGGGACUGCAGGACUCCCCCGGGGGCACUGUGGGGCCAUGAGUGACGCCUGCCCGGCGGAGACUGAGGACAGGCCGCCCCCGCCGAGAUGCGGGGCCCCCGCAGGAGGAGAGUCCGACAGUGGCUGCCCCGAGAGGGACGGGGCGGCGGCGGACCCGGAGCAGAGCCACUCGCCUCCGCUGCAGAUGGACAACAGCAUCCUUCUCGACGACGACAGCAACCAGCCGAUGCCAGUGAGCCGCUUCUUCGGAAACGUCGAGCUCAUGCAGGACCUCCCGCCCGCAUCGUCAUCCUGCCCUUCGAUGAGCAGACGCGAAUUCAGGAAAAUGCACUUCAGAGCCAAAGACGACGACGACGAUGAUGCCGACGGCGCAGACACAUAGAGGGUGAGACGCACACGCUGAUCCUCGGCACGUCGGUACCGUUGACCGCUUCCCAGUUCAGCACGCUAGACGUUCAUACCAAACCGAUCUCCAAGAGUCCACGCUUCUAAUCAGAAUUCAGGACUGACCCACAAAGGUCAGCAGCACACAACGCCACGUACCGCGGGGAGACUGGCACACGUGAACCAAAAGACCUUUGCGUGCAAAGCUACUGUUUCCGCGGUGAUGCAUUUUCUCCCAUCUGUACCCACGUGGUGGUGGUUCCAGCUAACUUCCCUCGUAAACGAGAGAUAUCUCUAUAAAGGAAACUCUUAAGCUUAGCUGUGAUAACGUGCAAGUUUAUUUUCCAUAAUCAGAAUUUGAUCAUUCUUGUGACUGAUUCAAUCCCAGUUCUUAAAGAACUCUCCUUUAUUUCUGUAUAUGAAGCUCAUGUUUACCUUGGACAUUCAGCAAAAUCCAUAUGGAAAAGAAAUAAAAUAUAUUUUGAAAAUGUA